AUGACCCCAAGUCUGAGAGCUGUGGAUGAGGAGGGCUGGCGAGAGUGCUACGGUGGAGAGUUGAGUGUGGAAGAUAAUAAUGCUGCACAGAAAACGAAUACUUCAGUUUUGCAAGAAGUGAGAGCCAGAAACUCCUUUCAGGAGCUUCUGUUGGCUCUCCAUUCAGGGUCAACUCAUUGUCCAAAAGCAUCAGUUAAUCUCUCUAAGCCAGGGACACUCGACAUUGGCGUGAUGGCAUCCAAGGAAUAUAAACAUUAUCAUGAUAAAGAGUAUCAUCCGUCCCUUUUAGUAGCAACAUAUGUUGGAGCAGAUAAAAAGGAAACCAAAGAGGAAUUUCUGGAAGUACCAAUGAAAAUGCUAUAUGAUGUACUCUCAUCAGGUUCUAUCAAAGGAGACACUGCCAUUGACUUUACCGUCGGUCCAUCACUCGGCCAUCUGAUGGUCAUACCUGAUUUUUUUAAAGAGAUUAUUUUAGUGGAUACGUCUGAUGCAAAUAUAAAGGAUAUGAACAUAUGGUUAAAUAAUAAGCCGGGAGCCAUUGACUGGACUCAUGCAGCUAUGUUUGUCUGUGAUCUGAAAGGUGCAAGCCAAAGUUGGAAAGAUCAAGAGGAGAAAUUAAGAAGUGCAGUGAAACGCGUUGUCAAAUGGAAUUGCACUGAAAAAGAUCAACUUGCUUCUGUCAAUUUGCCUCAAGCUGAUUUUCUGAUCAGCUUAUGGGCAUUGGAAGCUAUUAGCACAAAUCACAAAACAUUUCUCAGUAACCUGAAAAAGUUGUCAUCCUGCCUGAAAGUUGGAGGCCAUCUAUUUCUGUCUUCAGUUAUCAACACAACAUAUUUCAAGAUUGCCGAACACAAGUUUUCUGUGCUGAACAUCAGUGAACAGUUUCUACAGAAAGCUCUACGAGAUACUGGGUUAAGUAUUGUGAAAUCUGAAACCAAUGAAAAUAAAUCAAAUACUCACUUGGUGGAUCAUUCACAGGUUACUUAUCUUGUAGCGCGCAAGGAAACAGUGGUUUAA